AUGUUUAUUUUCAGACCACCACAACAACUUGAUUCAAAAAAGACAAUAUUUGUUGGUAAUCUUCAUGGUACAAUGACAGCUCGAUAUUUAUGGCGUUUAAUGGAAGAUUUAUUUGGUGGAGCUGUCUAUGCUGGUGUUGAUAUUGAUAAAUAUAAAUAUCCAAUUGGUAGCGGUCGUGUAACAUUUGAUAAUAGUUCAAGUUUUCUUCAUGCUGUUUCAACAGCUUUUGUUGAUGUUCGAACUCCACGUUUUCUUAAACGUCUUCAAAUCGAACCACAUUUACAAUAUCGAUUUUGUUCAUUAUGUAAAACAGCUGCUGGUGAUUUAUUUUGUCGAAAUUUUGCUUGUUUCGAUUAUUUUUGUCAACGUUGUUGGCAAAAAAUUCAUAUUGGUAGUAUGGCAUCACAUAAAGCAGUGACACGUCAUUCAAAAUCUUCACAACCAGUCUUUCAUCCAAUUCAACAACAAUCAAUUUCUCAACCAAUUGAUUGUAUUAUAGGUGCAAAUGCAUUUUAA